CCCUCGCAUUGGAUCAGUGCAGCAGUCUGCAAAGAAAGUGACCGCAGCCGCUCGGCCACUUGAGCGGUGGGAGUGCGAACCGAGCGGACUGAUCGACCCUCACUGAGGGGGUUUGCCCUCCAGGAGUAGACGGGAACAGAAGGACACCAAACGCCAAAAGGGGGGAGAGCUCAAAUUCAAAGGGACGACAGGGGAGAUUGCUUCGCUACGGCUUUUGGACUAUUUAAUUUUACGCACGGCGGAUCUAUGAAGACGCGGACAGGUUAUUCUCUUACAACCCAAGACCGAGGCACCACGGAGUGAUUCACGCCCCCAACUUACUCACAUCACCCCUGCCUGCCUGCCUCCAAUGCCGGGCAUUAACUCCAACGCGCCUCGUUAUGAUAACUGGGAAAUGGACCACCUGGACCACUACCAGCACUACUUUUACGACGACCACGAACCGGACGAGGACUUCUUCAAGUCCACCGCGCCCAGCGAGGACAUAUGGAAGAAAUUUGAGCUGGUGCCGACCCCGCCCAUGUCCCCCAUCCGGCUGCCCGCUGAAGGGUCGGGGAAGGUCGGGCUGCUGUAUCCGUCUCUCGGGGACAAGCUGGAGUGGGUAUCUCAGUUCCUUGGACAGGAGGACGAGCAUAAUCAGCAGCAGCAGCAGCACCCGCAGGAGCUGCCCUGCAAGUUGGCGAACAGCGGCGACACUUUCGGCAACCUGAGCUCCAUCAUCAUCCAGGACUGCAUGUGGAGCUGCUUCUCGGCCGGACAGCAGCUGGAGAGGGUGGUAGGGGAGCGUCCGCGGCUCGGCGCCGGAAGCAACGUUUCAUCCCCGGGGAGGUCGCAGGGUGCCCUCGCCGACACGGGUAGUUUGGCUGCGGACUGCGUGGACCCGGCUGCUGUGCUCACUUUCCCGCUACCCGGAGGCUGCAAGAGACAGGUGUCGUCCGGUUCAGAGUCACACACCGACUCCUCAGAUGACGAAGAUGAAAACGAUGAGGAUGAAGAGGAGAUUGAUGUGGUGACGGUGGACCACAAGCAACAGCAGCAGCGUAAAUCCCGUCGACUGGUCACCACCCGCAAACCCGUGACCAUAACGGUGCGAGCAAACCCACACGACCCCAGCACGAAGCGUUUCCACAUCUCAAUCCAUCAACAGCAGCACAACUACGCCGCCCCCUCCCCGGACACACUCUCCGCAGCUCCCGAGCCAGCGCGGAAGAAGGUUCGACAGGAAGCCCAUGCUCCUGUGACCCAGCCUCACCAAAACUCUUUCCACAACCAGCCCCGGCCCGGCCACGCCCCUCUGAACUUGGACAGCAAGAAGUCUCAGAUCACAGUGACCGGAGUCAGAUCUGAGUCCCCUAACCUCAGCGCAUCCUCUCCUACUUCGUCUUCUUCGCCUUCGUCUCCACCCAGCUCCUCCUCUUCCUCUUCCCACCAAAGCUCGCCAUUGAAGCCCCCCUCCCACCUGUCAAGCCCCCAGUCCUCGGACUGCGAGGACACGGACAAGCGCAAGGCACACAACUUUCUGGAGCGCAAGCGGCGAAACGACCUGCGCUCACGCUUCCUAUCGCUACGGGACGAGAUCCCAGGGUUGGCAGACUGCCCCAAGACCCCUAAGGUAGCCAUCCUGACCCGAGCCACAGAGUACCUGCAGCAGCUCCACGCCACCGAGAGGCUGAAGACUCAGGAGAGGAAGCAGCUGAAGGCCAGGCAGCUACAGUUGCUGCAGCGGUUGGCCCAGCUCAAACGCUCCUGAUGGGCGGAAUCGGCCGUUAUUUUAUGCAAACACUGAACUGAAUGGGACUACGUGAAGGAGGAAAAACACUGUUCACUUCGAGUUGGUCAUGCUGGAAUGGAGCAGUUGGAUUUAUUUGUUCCUGUUUUUUUGUUUUUUUUAAUUUUGUUGUUUGCACAUCAGCUUCUGAGUGACGAGCCAUCUUGACGGCUAGCAAGGGAUUGAUUUGAGUCGGGGAUCUUGUACUCAGUCAUUAAAUAUUUGUUCCUUUUUUCCCCAAUAAAAACUAUUAAAACUUGUUGCUACAAUAAAGCCUGCCGUGAGCACAGCAAUGUGAAUUGCCAUUACCUGGUCAAGAAUGUUAAAAUUCAAAUGUUUGCCUUUCUAUAUCUUAGGUUUUCAAGCUUCAAAUAACAACUAACCUGCCCAUUUUACUUUUAUUCACACCAUUUUGCUUGCCAAAAGUGCGAGCUGCUUUCUCUGCGCCCCUCCAUUUAGUAACCUGGUAUUUCACUACUGCAUGUUGUUGCAACAAAUUGCUCGAAGUUGUAGCCUUUUUUGUAGCAAUUUAUGAGAAAACAGGCAAUGUGUAAGAUUUUAUUGAAUGCAGAUCAUCUAUAAAAACCCUAAAAUAUUUACUGAGAUUUAUUGUUGUGCCAUGAAGACCAGCCAAAAGGUGGAUGUCAGCUUAGGUUAAAAGAUUGGGUUAAUUCUGUGUUUAAACUGUUUCAAAAUGCCAUCUUCUUGUUAAAGUCAAUAGUUCCAGAUAUAUUUAUUUGAUCUUGCUGUCUGAUUCAUUUUAUUUUUUUAUUUUUACCUAUUUGAUGGAAUGCCUUUAGAAGCCUUUCUGUGUAUAUAGGCUAUCCUGUUGGAUGUUCUGUAUAUAGAUCCUUGACUUUACAGUCCCUCUGAAACCAAAACCUGAACUAAGUUUACUCAUCCCAGUUUCUGUCGGGCUUGCUGGCUUUUCAAAGAUGACUUAAAGCUUCUAUUUUUGUUAAUAAAAUUCUAAAGAAAAAAAAAAACAGUUGAAAUUAAACACUGAACUUUGAUCACA